AUGGACUCCAAGCCACGUGGGACUCCGCGAAACCAGCAGCAGCGGGACACUCAGCCGAAGCAUCAGCAAACGCAAGACGUCCUGUACCUCCCACCCCCCGCGUUCCCCAUUCAGCCGCCGCAACAGCAUCAGCACCAACGAAUGCUGCUGCAGCAACAGCAGCAGCAGCAGCAGCAGCAGCAGCAGCAGCAGCAGCAGCAGCAGCAGCAGCAGCAGCAGCAGCAGCAGCAGCAGCAGCAGCAGCAGCAGCAGCAGCAGCAGCAGCAGCAUCAUCAGCAGCUGCAGCAGCAACAGCAACAGAAACAGCAGGAGCAGCAGCAGCAGCAGCAGCAGCAGCAUUUCAAGUUCGAACAGCUGGCGUCAGACGAGGUUUCUCCAACGACCAUGUCGGACCGUCGCAGCUCCCACCUGUCUCCCAUUCCCCUGACUUUCGCGGGCGGUCAUGUGUACGCUGAAGGGUUCUACGCCAACUCUCCGCCAGUCGCUUUCUCGUCCAUGUUCGGUAGCGAGGGGGCGCUAGACAACUUAGAUGGUAACAAUGCUGCCACGGGUUCGUCGAGAUUCGCCAAGGAGUGCGAGGUUGGCGAGAGCGGGAACGCGGCUUCUGUAAUGAUCGUCGGGGAAGCUGGUAACGGGGAAGAGAUGGAUCGUGACAAUAACGAGGGUCGGAUGGAGGUGGGGGGUCUGGAGAACAUUUGGACCGACGAAUCAGAUAAAAUCGAGAACGUGGAGGGGAGGUUCGAGGGGAGGCUGGAAGGCAGAUCGGAAGGGAGAUCGGAGGAGAGGGGGAUGACGAGGGGGCGCCAAGCGAACGGCGGGAGGGAAAAAGACAUGGGGGAUGCGUACGGGCCGACAGCAGCGGCCGGAACGGGCUGUGAUUGGCCGACGUGGCCUGAGUACACUCCGGACGAAGCCAUUGGAGCUGACUGGGCGGAGCUGCUGAAGGUGGACGACGAGGUGGUGGUGCCGUCCAAGCUGGAGACAGCUCAAGCGGGAGGGCAGCAGGGCUCGUCGCCGCCAUACCCGCCCUUCCACAACCCCUACUCCUCCCCAGACCUCCCGUUCUCCCUGGUCGCGGUGCCAGGCAUGUAUGCACAGAUCCACCCAGGGGGGAGGGACCCUCUGCCCCUGCCGCCGCUGCCCCUGUCGCUGGGGGGGAUGCCUUGCGCCCUCCGCGUGGCUGCGCCCGCAUCCUCUGCUUCCACUGCUGGGAACAGCGGUGGGGGGAUGAAUCUGCUUGCCCCGGGGACGGACGCUGCCGCCGCCGCUGCGUCUGCUGCCGCGUCUGCUGCUGCCGCCACCGCUGCUGCAGCUGCUGCUUCGGGCGGAGGGGUGGCGCCCGCGGGGUCACUGGGAGGGGUGGCGCCCGCGGGGUCACUGGGAGGGCGCGGAGGGGAAGGGGGGGCGACGAGCAGCGUGGGCGGGGGAGGGGCGUUCAGCAUGGGGGGAGGAGGCGGGGGAGGCGGCGGGUUCAGCAGCGAUGGGGGGAGUUCCGGCAAGCACCGGCUGCGGUGGACGCCAGAGCUGCAUGAGAAAUUCGUGGAGGCCGUCGCAAACCUCGGAGGGGCUGACAGUAAGUCUGCUUGUCUUCACAGGCUGCGGUGGACGCUGGAGGCAGUCGCGGACCCGGGAGGGGCUGACAUUCUGCUCCCGUUUCCACUGACCUCUCCCUCUUUUCCCUCUCUCUUCUCCCCAUGCCCCCCCCCCCCCCUCCCGUUCCAAUUGUUCUCCCCAUGCCCCCUCCCGUUUCGUGCAGAGGCGACGCCCAAGGGUGUUCUGCGAGUGAUGGGCGUGCAAGGCCUCACCAUCUACCACGUCAAGAGCCACCUGCAGAAGUAUCGACUCGCCAAGUACCUUCCAGAUCCUUUGCCUUCCACACCCCGAGAAAAGGAGCCAAGACCAGAGAGGGCAGAGAAAGCCCCCAAGCGCAUUGCCUCUGGAGUCUUUGCACCUGCGCCCCUCACACUAGCUCCGCCCCCCUUCCCUCCUGCUGCUGCCGCCGCCGCCGCCGCUACCGCGGCCGGCGCUGCAGCUACUGCUGCUACUGCUGCUGCUCCUGCUACUUCUGGUGCUGCUGCUGUGGCCGCCACUACCGCUGCGGCUGCGGCUGCCGCUGCGGCUGCUGGCUCUCUGGGCUUCCAGCCUGACGCUACAGACGGCGAGCCUUCGUCGCUCGACCCUGCUGUUUCUUAUGUUCCGGCUCCCUCUCCCCCUUCCCUCUCACUGCUUGCUUCGUGGACUGCAAAGCGCCUUCCCAUGCAGCUGCAGCUGCAGGAGCAAGGUCUGAUCCACUCCUUGUGUGCUUACCUGCUUUCUCUCCCUCCCUACCUCCCCGCUUGCAGCAUUCGCAACAUCCCGAUCACAGAGGCACUCAGGAUGCAGAUGGAGGUGCAGAGGCGGUUGCACGAGCAGCUCGAGGUGCAGCGGCAGCUGCAGCUGAGGAUUGAGGCGCAGGGUAAAUACCUCCAGAAAAUCAUAGAGGAGCAGGCGAAGGCGAGUGGCAUGGUGGUUGCCAGUAGAUCGUCCACUGCCGGUGGGGCAGUCACGUCUGCUGACCCCGCUGGGGCUCUCAAUGCGGGAGCAGGGGGAGGAGUGGGGCAAGGAGGGGAGGGUGGGGAAGGAAUGGUGAUAGGCCGGGAAACUGACGCAGGUCCAUCUGCCGAUGCUGCUGCUGGUGGUGCUUCUGCUGUCGGUGCUGCUGCUGCUGGCUAUGUUGGUGGGUUGGCAGGGCACAGUGGGGAGAUCUCCCUAGGGGUGAGCUCGAGUAUGGAGAAGCCGUUGGAUGCCCGCUAUGGUGCUGCAUCAACGGCUGCUGCUGCUGCUGCUGCUGACGAUGCUGCUGCUGCUGCAUAUGGUUGCUACGUUUCUCACCCCCCUCCUCACUACUUCCCACCAACUCCUCUUCAUGCUCAUGCUUCUGCCGCCGCUGCUGCCACUGCUGCUGCCGAUGCUCCUGAUGCUGCUGCCACUGCAGCUGCAACUGCUACCCCCUCUGCUGCAAGCGGUUCUGCUGCCACUGGUGCUGCUGGUGUCCCCGGAGAGAUUGCACCGAAUUCGUCUUCGCUCAUAUCCAGCUCCCCCCAACCCCCCCAACCCCAACUCACUGCCACCACAGCUGCACCCACCCCAGCUGCACCCACCCCAGCUGCACCCAAUCAGCCCUUAGUAGUGUCAGCUAAGCAGCCCAAGGCCCCUCCGCGCCUGGUCUGCUCCCCCCUCUCCUCCACCCGCCUCCUCCGCCCUCUACCAUCCCCAUCCGCUUCCCCUGCUUUCUCCGCACCACCAUCCCCCGCAACUGCGAUGGACCCGCCUGGAGCUGCACCUGGGAUUUCUCCUGCUGCUGCUCGUGUAACUGAUACCUCUUCUGUUGCACCUGAUGUUUCUGCCGCCCAGUUUGCAUCUCAGAGUAUGUCUGGGGCAGCUGCACCUGGGACUGCACCGGCACCUGAGAAUCCACCUGGGAUAACCACUGCUUUAGGUGGGCCGUGUGGGUCGUCGGGGCAGGAGAGGGGGAGGAGGAAGAGGCAGAGGACGAGGGAGGUGAUUGUAGACGUGUGUGGGGACUUGGAGGAUGUGUGUGGGGAGGUGGAGGAGGAAGAGGAGUGUGGGGAGACAGAGGAGGUGGAUGAGAGGGGAGGUGAUGCUGGUGAUGGUGGUGGUGAUGAUGGUGGUGGUGGUGGUGGUGAUAGUGAUAGUGAUGGUGAUAGUGGUGGUGGUGCUGCUGCUGCUGCUGCCACUGCUGCUGGUGAUGGUGCUGGUGCUGGUUGUGUGUCAGCCGCUGCGCCCAUCUCUCGCAGCGCCAGCUAUGUGUCUCUACAGCAGCAGAGGCAGAGGCAGCAGGGGCGGAGUAAAAUGCAGACUAGCAUGGGUGCGGGUGCCGUACCAAGCGCGUCCCACGGCCUUCCAUACACCCCAGCCCAUUCUCCAGUGCCACCACCUGCCGCUUCUGCGGUUGCACCUGUGGCAGGUCAUGCUAGCGUCCCAUUACAGUCACACCCGCAUACAGGCACUCAUUCAGUCCCGCCUCCCCCUUCCCAUCUGGCCCAUCAUCCCCCACCAAACCAUACCCACUACCAUGCCAUUCCACACCCCUCCUCCUCCCACCCCCAGCACCACGCCAUGCCACCCCCCCCUCACUUCAUGUAUUCCAUACCAGCGGGCAUGCAUGGGUAUCCGCCACCGCCCAUGCCGCCUGGCAUGGCAGCACACUAUGCCAUGCCUGGCGCGAUAGGGCAUCACAUGCCGCAGCAGCAUGCCAACAUGCCCCAGCAUCCUAACACGCCGCAACAUGCCAGCAUGCCGCAACAGGCCAGCAUGUAUUUGAACGUUCACCCAAGCAUGCAUCCCAGCCAUCCAAACCAUCCGGGCCAUCCCAGCCAUCCAAACCAGCAGCACUCAGGUCACACGGGUGGUCAUGGGGGGCAUGGCUCUCCGUACAUGUAUGCGGGGAUGCACCCUGCCACUACUGCCACUGCUGUGUCAUCCUCGCCAUCAGGCCACCCUUACCCCUUGGCUUUCAGCCCUCUUACUGUGAUGCAGCCGCAGCAGCAGCAGCAGCAGGAGUGUGAUCAGCAGCAGCAGCAGCAGCAGGGAGGUGGUUUCAGCCAAGGUGGUGUGUCCAAUGCACCCAUGCAGCCGCUCACUUGGGCCCAACCUGGCAUACAAGGCUCCAACCCUCAUGCUGUCGGCAGCACCUUGGUCCUGCUCUCCCCUAGGGAUGCUGCUGCUGCUGCUGCUGUGGCACAACAAGAGUCAGCCGGUGGAGCUGGGAUGCUUGCAGGGAGGACGCAGUAUCACCAGCAGCAACAGCAGCAGCAGCAGCAGCAGCAGCAGCAGCAGCAGCAGCAGCAGCAGUAA